ACAUUUUCCGUACACUUGAUUACAAUAUCAAUAUGACAUGCAAUGGUAUUAUUGUUGAAAAUUAUGAGGACAUGGAGUAUAUGGUUGUUAUGGGUAAUGGAAACAUUGAAACCGUAUUGAUUAGCAAAAAUGAAAUCAUUACGAUUAUUGAUGGUGAACAAUAUCUACGUGAAGUUGGUAUGAUAGGAUCGGGUCCCUGUGCCGGCACCAAACUUCAUGGUUGGUCCAUAUUUUUGCCGCCAAAAGGCCAGUGUGUGGACAAACCGAUGACCAUUUCGCGGCCAUUGUUCGAACACUGGGAGUUUAGCGGCACCUGUAAGGCCAUAUGCACGGGACAGUCGACUUUUAUCUAUCCAAACGGUGUCCAAACUAAAUGA